AUGCUUAAUCAUCCUAGCCGGAGCUCAGAUGAAGUGCAGGACGAAAAACAAGGGGAUUUCCCUGUCAUAGAAGAGGAAAAGACCCAUGCCGUUACAUUGAAGGACUCAUACGUUAGUGACGAUGUUGCUAACUCCACGGAGCAGUAUAAUUUGUCGCAUUCUCCAGAGGACGAAGAUUUCGAAGCUCCCACUGAAGAAGAAACGAAGACUCUUAGACAUGUUGGUGGUAAAAUCCCGAUGAGAUGCUGGUUGAUUGCUAUUGUAGAGCUUUCCGAGAGAUUUUCCUACUACGGGCUUUCUGCGCCAUUCCAAAACUACAUGGAAUAUGGGCCUAACGAUUCCCCAAAGGGUGUUUUGGGCUUGAACAGUCAGGGUGCCACAGGGUUGUCGUAUUUCUUCCAGUUUUGGUGCUACGUUACGCCAGUUUUCGGCGGUUAUGUUGCAGACACUUUUUGGGGUAAAUAUAAUACGAUUUGUUGUGGUACGGCCAUCUACAUUGCCGGGAUCUUUAUUCUAUUUAUUACUUCGAUUCCCUCUGUUGGUAAUAGAGAUAGUGCUAUCGGUGGGUUUAUUGCCGCCAUUAUUCUGAUCGGUAUUGCCACUGGUAUGAUCAAAGCUAACAUUUCCGUGUUGAUUGCUGACCAACUGCCCAAACGGAAACCGUUCAUCAAAGUGUUAAAAUCCGGAGAAAGAGUUAUCGUUGACUCAAAUAUUACCUUACAAAACGUCUUUAUGUUCUUCUACUUUAUGAUCAACGUCGGAUCUCUAUCUCUAAUGGCUACUACUGAAUUAGAAUACCACAAGGGUUUCUGGGCGGCCUAUCUGUUACCGUUCUGCUUUUUCUGGAUCGCAGUUGUAACUUUGAUUUUUGGUAAGAAACAAUACAUUCAAAGACCUAUUGGUGAUAAAGUCGUUGCCAAAAGUUUUAGAGUCUGCUGGAUUUUAACCAAGAAUAAGUUCGACUUUAAUGCUGCCAAGCCAUCUGUCCAUCCAGAAGAGAACUAUCCAUGGAAUGACAAAUUUGUUGAUGAAAUCAAGAGAGCUUUGGCCGCUUGCAAGGUCUUUGUCUUCUACCCAAUCUAUUGGACCCAAUACGGAACCAUGAUUUCCAGUUUCAUUACUCAGGCCAGUAUGAUGGAACUGCACGGCAUUCCCAAUGAUUUCUUACAAGCUUUUGAUUCUAUUGCGUUAAUCGUUUUUAUCCCGAUUUUCGAGAAAUUUGUAUAUCCUUUCAUCAGAAGAUAUACUCCAUUAAAACCUAUUACCAAAAUCUUCUUUGGUUUUAUGUUCGGAUCCUUUGCCAUGACAUGGGCUGCUGUCCUACAAAGUUUCGUUUACAAGGCUGGUCCAUGGUACAAUGAACCUCUGGGUCACAACACUCCAAACCAUAUCCAUGUUUGCUGGCAAAUUCCUGCAUAUGUCCUAAUUUCCUUUUCAGAAAUCUUUGCUUCUAUCACCGGGUUGGAAUACGCUUAUUCCAAGGCCCCUGCUUCGAUGAAAUCAUUUAUCAUGUCCAUUUUCUUAUUAACCAAUGCUUUUGGUUCCGCCAUUGGUUGUGCCUUAUCCCCAGUAACAGUUGACCCUAAAUUUACAUGGUUAUUCACUGGUCUGGCUGUCGCCUGUUUUAUCUCUGGUUGUCUAUUCUGGUUAUGCUUCAGAAAGUAUAACGAUACAGAAGAAGAGAUGAACGCCAUGGACUACGAAGAAGACGAUGAAUUUGACCUCAAUUCCAUUUCUGCACCUAAAGCAAAUGAUAUCGAAAUACUGGAACCAACGGAAAGUUUAAGAUCUACUGCCAAAUAUUCAUGA